AUGGAGCCUUCUCAAUUCGAAAAGAUAUUCAGUCGAGCUGACAGCAUCACGGGCCCUUUUGCUGACUCACUUCUCCAGCAAGCCAAGUUUCCUCCUUCCACCAAUUCUGCACUGGUUGUCCUUGACAUGGCCUGCGGAAGCGGCGUCGUUUCCUCCCAUAUCAUGGCUCUGCUCUCCUCUGAGGCAAAGUCUCGCCUCGAUCUCACAUGUGCCGACACCUCCGAUGCCAUGAUAUCCAACCUAACUAGACGCAUCGAGGCCUUGGGAUGGAAAAACACCCGAGCGGUCAUCGCUGAUGCCAUGGUGCGCCAAUAUCAGCCCGACAGCUUACAUUUGACACUGACCAUGGAUGUGCAGGACACGAAAUUUCCUUCAUCCCACUUUUCGCACAUUUUUUUCAACUUCGGACCUAUGAUCCUGCCCAAUGGCCUCGUCGGUCUCAGGGAAUGCCACCGGAUCUUGCAACCGAAUGGAGUUCUGGGCUUCACUACAUGGCAGACGGUCCCAUGGUUCAUCGACUAUCGCGCGGGUAUCGCAAUGAAUCCCUCUCUGCCCUCGUUUCCGUCGGAUGAUCGCCUAAAGCACGCGUUUUCCGAGGCGCCUGAGCGCUGGGAUAGUGUCGAGGACCUCAGAAGUCACUUUGAAGCGACGGGGUUCGAUGAGGUUGAAGUCCGAGUUGCGGAGUGUACAACGAAGUAUAAACUAGGAGAAAUGGAAGACAUGAUGCCUUAUACACUAGGUAUGAUGAUCCAGAAGUUCUGGACCAAGGAGGAACUUGAGAAAUAUCAGGGGCCGGCGGGGGAAGCGAUCUUGGAAUAUCUCAAACUGAAGUACAGCUCUGGACCAAUUGUCUGGAACUGGGUGGGUUUUGUCGCGACUGGGAGGAAGGCCUGA